AUGGCGUCUGAUGGGACUCUGGGUGCGACCUCGCCACCAAAUGCCGGCGUGAAUCCGGCCGGCGAAUCAGAUGAAGCUACCCAGGCACGAUUCUCUCCCGAUGAGGAAAAGGCACUAUUGAACGAAUCGGCAGAGAAGAAAGCUAGAGCCAACGAGCUCUUCAACUCUGGUGAUUCCGAGGCAGCGCUCGUUCAAUACGACGACGCCUUGUCAUCAUGUCCUGAUUACAAACACUUUGAGCGAGCCGUUAUCCACAGCAACAUAUCAGCGUGCCAACUGAAGCUUGAGGAGUGGACGGCAGCCGCCAAAGCGGCGACUAGCUCUUUGGACGCGCUCUUGGCUAUGGAGCGCGAAUUAGGGCUAAUUCCUGAAGCCAAGCCAGAGCCCACAAAGAGCAAGGAGAAGGGCAAGAAUGACAUUGAGGACAAGGAGAUCGACAUUGCAAGCAGCUCGACCAAAAAGAUUGAGGAAAACGAAGCGACCAACUCGGGGCCGGCAGAGCCCCCUUUCACACCUGCUGAUGUCCCAGAGGCCACCAAGAGCGACAUCAAGCGCAUACGAAUAAAGGCGCUCCUGCGGCGAGGGCGUGCACGUGCAGAGGCUGGAGGCUGGUCUAAUCUUGCCAGCGCAGAGGAAGAUUACAAGACGCUGUCGAAGAUGUCCGGUCUCACGGCGGCCGACGCCAAGACGGUGCACAUGCAGCUGGUAGUACUGCCGCCCAAAGUCAAGGCUGCGCAGGAAAAGGAAAUGUCGGAGAUGUGGGGGAAGCUUCGUACGCUAGGAGAUGGCAUACUCAAGCCGUUUGGUCUCAGCACCAACAACUUCCAAAUGGUCAAGGAUGAGGCCACAGGCGGCUACAGUAUGAACUUUCAGGGCAAUCAAGGGUCAUGA